AUGUCAAACGGCAAGUGCGCAGCCAGCGAGUGUCUGGUGCCGGUAGGGUUGUGCAGAGCCGCAGACGGCACAUCGACGCGCGCCGACCGAGUCUUCGCGCCCUUCGACCAAACUCGUAGAACUCGAAACCACGACGCCAUGAGCAAGCGAGGCCGCGAUGAGGGCGCGCUCUUCGCCGCGCCGCUCACCCCGAACACCGCCUCCGUCGCGGACGAGAAGGCGAUGCGGUUGAGCAGGCUGAGGGUACACCUGAACGCCUCGUUUUUGGAGGAUCUGCGUCGGAAGAUGGAGCAGGACCCGGCGAGGGUGUUCGACAUGGAGGUGAACUCGUACCUCAAACACUCGCAGAAGCUGAGGGUGAGUAAAACCCAAGUGAAACGGGGGUCAUCACGCGUUCAAGCGCGGCGUCCUUCCUCGCCUUCCCCGAUCGAUGGAAAAUGA